AUGUUCAUUUUGAUUUUCCUCUUGCUGCUCCUGAACAUUCCAAUUGUCAAGGCCAGUUUCACAAAUCCCAGCUGUUUUUGGAAAAUGAAGCAUAGUGAAGAAAAGGAUGGAGACUUGAAGAGAGGUUGCAUCUUCUUCCCAAGAACUGUGUCGUGGCCAGUGGAUAAAGAGUUUUUCAAACAAAUUUUGAACACACAAACACCAACUGAGAGCAACAGGUUUGCAUUCGUCUUGGCUUUUACAAUGGAUGAGGUCAACAGGAAUCCUGAUCUAUUACCAAAUAGAUCUUUGGUAUUUGAUUACUAUGAAGAUAAUUGCUUAAGUGUGUCUAAGUUGUACAGUUUCCGUUAUAUUAAUGAACAAGACCCUGAUACAUUGCCCAAUUAUUACUGUGUGGAAGAUAUAUGUCAUAUGAUAAUUACAGGACCUAACUGGGAAACAUCUGCAAUGCUUCUGAAUCUCAUGUACCUCUGGAAAUCCCUACAGAUCAUUCAACUCACAUAUGGAUCCUUCCAUUCAAUACUAAGUGACCAUGAAAAUUAUCCCAAUCUUUAUCAAAUGGCCCCCAAAGACACAUCUCUAGCAUUGGCAAUGGUCUCUGUCAUAAUUCACUUCAGAUGGAACUGGGUGGGGCUGGUCAUCUCUGACAAUGAUCAGGGCACCCAAUUUCUCUCAUAUUUGAGAAGAGAGUUGGAAAAAUACAUAGUCUGCCUUGCCUUUGUAAGUAUGAUUCCAAUCAACAUGCAGUUAUACAUGUCAAGAGCUGAAGCAUAUUAUAACCAAAUCAAGACAUCAUCGGCAAAUGUUGUUAUCAUUUACGGUGACUAUGAGAGUACUCUUGUUGUGAGCUUUCGAAUGUGGGAAUCCCAAGGUUUACAGAGAAUAUGGGUUAUCACCUCACAGUGGGAUGUAACUGCAAGUAAAACAAACUUCACGGUUCAUACAGCCCAAAUGAUUCUAGCUUUUGCUCACCAUCAUGGCGAUAUUUCUGGUUUUAAAAGUUUUGUCCAGACAAUGAACCCAAUCAAAAACACAAAUGAAUACCUUGCAAGGAUGGAAUGGAUGAACUUUAACUGUGAAGUUUCUACAUCCAACUGUAAGACACUGAAGAAAUACUCAUGGAAUACCUCGAUGGAAUGGCUAUUGGCACAGACUUUUGACAUGACCUUUAGUGAUGGCUGUUAUGACAUAUAUAAUGCUGUGUAUGCUUUGGCCCAUGCACUUCAUGAGGUGAAUCUACAAGAAGUAGAUACUCAGCCAAUGGACAAAGGGAAAGGAGCUGGUUCCAGCUGCUGGAAGCUGAAUGCAUUUCUGAAGAGGACAGAAUUCACAAAUCCUGUUGGGGGCAGAGUGAGUAUGAACCACAAAGAAGAACAUCAGGAAGAGUAUGACAUUUUCCAGAUUUGGAAUUACCCACAAGAUCUUAGAUUUAAAGUGAAGAUAGGACAUUAUAGUCCAUACUUCCCACAUGGACAACAGUUCCAUGUAGAUGAAGAUAUGAUAGAGUGGGCCACAGGAAAUACAAAGACACCACCACCCUCUUUGUGCAGUGCUGAUUGUGGUCCUGGGUUCAGAAAAUUCUGGCAGGAUGGAAUGGCCGUCUGCUGUUUUAAAUGCAAGCCCUGCCCAGAAAGUGAAAUCUCUAAUGAGACAAAUGUGGAUCAGUGUGUGAAGUGCCCUGAUAACCAGUAUGCCAACAUAGAGCACAACCAGUGUAUACAUAAAAAAAUGAUAUUUCUGAGCUAUGAAGAUCCUUUGGGGAUGACUCUUGCCUUAAUGGCCUUGUGCUUCUCUGCUUUCACAGCUUUGGUUCUCGGAGUCUUUGUCAAGCACCACGACACUCCCAUUGUGAAGGCCAAUAACCGGAAGCUCAGUUACAUCUUGCUCAUCUCACUCUUCUUUUGCUUCCUCUGUCCCCUCCUCUUCAUUGGCCAUCCAAACUCAGCUACAUGCAUCUUGCAGCAAAUCACAUUUGGAGUUGUAUUCACUGUGGCUGUUUCCACUGUGCUGGCCAAAACAGUGACUGUUCUCCUGGCUUUCAAAAUCACAGCCCCUGGAAGAAGAAUGAGAUACUUUCUGGUUGCAGGGGGACCUAACUACAUCAUUGCCAUCUGUACUCUCAUCCAAGUUAUUAUCUGUUCAGUCUGGUUGGGAGCUUCUCCUCCCUCUGUUAAUGUUGAUGCCCACUCUGAGCAUGGCCACAUCAUCAUUGUGUGUAUCAAGGGUUCAUUAACUGCCUUCUACUGUGUCUUGGGAUACCUGGGCAGCCUGGCUCAAGCGAGCUUCACUGUAGCUUUCUUGUCCAGGAAUCUGCCUAACACAUUCAAUGAAGCCAAAUUCUUGACAUUCAGCAUGCUGUUGUUCUGCUGUGUCUGGAUCACUUUCCUCCCUGCAUACCAUAGCACAAAGGGUAAGGUCAUGGUUGUUGUGGAAAUUUUCUCCAUCUUGGCUUCCAGUGCUGGGAUGCUAGGAUGCAUCUUUGUUCCAAAGUGCUACAUAAUUUUUGUAAGACCAGAAAGAAAUAUUUCUUCAAAAUAUCAGGGAAAAAUCACCUUUCAGAACUGA